CUCAAUAAAGCAACGAAUACUCAUCACAAUGGGGUCAAACAUUCCACAGAUGGCUAAUGGCACAAAUAAAGCCACGGGAAAGGAAAAGAGGAAGUUGUGGGCGCAUCCUGACCCAGAGACGACGAGAAUGGCGGAGUUCAUGCGCGGCGUGAACCAGAAGUACGGUCUCAAGCUGAAGAGCUACGACGAUUUGUACCGAUGGUCAAUCAACGCUAUUGGUUCGUUUUGGGGAGAAGUUUGGGAGUUUACGGGCAUCACUGCUGAGAAGCAUUACAGUGAAGUUGUGCCAAAGGCUGCGCCUCUAUUCCCUCGCCCAGACUUCUUCGCCGGCUCUCGACUGAACUUUGCUGAGAACUUGCUCUACCCGGCAAAGCUCAAGAUUGACGAGAACUCCCCAGCAAUUAUCGAAGCGACGGAGACUGGGUCCUCCACCAUUUCUUGGGCUCAACUCCGCUCUCGAGUGCAAAAGUGUGCUCUUGCUCUCCGGUCCCACGGUGUCGUGGAAUUAGACCGCGUAGCUGGCUUCCUAGGCAAUCACGCCAAUGCGGUGGUAGCGAUGCUCGCAGCUGCGAGUAUUGGUGCAGUGUGGACGGGAGUCAGUCCUGAUACGGGGGUCACCGCUGUGCUCGAGAGAUUGGUUCAGAUUCAACCCAAGGUGCUAUUUGUUGAUAAUGCCGUGGUGUAUAAUGGGAAGACGCAUUCGAGUCAUCAGAAAGUGGAGGAGAUCCUCGCUGGCUUGAAAGGGUUAAAAGCCGGUGUUAUAUUUGAGACGGCCAAGGGACAUGGGGUGAAGGUUGAGGGGUUGCAGGUGGGGGAGGGAAAGAUGUGGACUUAUGAAGAGUUUGUGAGGAGUGCCGGCGAUCUCUCCGGGCCACCCAGCUUCGCGCAACUACCACCUUCACAUCCACUAUAUAUUCUUUACUCAUCCGGCACAACUGGCGCACCAAAAUGUAUCGUCCACUCCGCCGCCGGGACACUCAUCCAACACAAAAAGGAGCACAUCUUACACUGUGACAUCCGACCUGGAGACCGCAUGCUCUACUUCACAACCACAACCUGGAUGAUGUGGCACUGGCUUAUCUCUGCUCUCUCUGCCGGUUGCGCAAUAGUCCUGUACGACGGCUCGCCCUUCCAUCCCCAUGGCGACCUCAGUCUGCCGCUUUUGAUUCAAGAUCUGAAAAUCACGCAUUUUGGCACCUCCGCCAAGUAUCUCUCAAUCCUGGAACAAAAACGCAUAUUUCCUAUGCAAGAACCACACAAUCUGGACCUAAGUUCCCUCAAAGCGAUCUACUCCACAGGCUCUCCCCUUGCACCUUCAACAUUCGAAUACGUCUACUCAGCCUACCCAUCCUCCCUAAACCUCGGCUCCAUCACAGGUGGCACAGACAUAAUCUCCCUCUUCGGCUCCCCUUGCCCUCUCGUCCCCGUCUAUCCUGGUGAAAUCCAAUGUAGCGGUUUGGGAAUGGCAAUCGCCGCCUACUCACCUUCUGGUGUCCCCGUCCCAGACGGCGAAGACGGCGACCUCGUCUGCACGGCACCAUUCCCCUGCCAACCAGUCACCUUCUUUUCUUCCUCGUCCCCGGCAGCAGGACAACAGAAAUACCGUGACGCCUACUUUGAGACAUUCCCUGGGGUGUGGCAUCACGGCGACUUUGUACGUUUCGAGAAAGAGACGAAGGGCUUGGUUAUGUUAGGACGCAGCGAUGGGAUUUUGAAACCGAGUGGUGUGAGGUUUGGCAGUGCGGAGAUAUAUAACAUUUUGUUGAAGCACUUUGGGGGGAGGGUGGCGGAUGCUAUUUGUGUUGGUCGAAGACGAGAAAUGGAUACUGAUGAAACGGUCGUUUUGUUUUUGAAGAUGGAGGAGGGGAUGGUUUGUGAUGAGGGGUUGAGAAAGGAGAUUAGUGGUGUGAUAAGGAAGGAGUUGAGUGCGAGACAUGUUCCGGGCGUCAUUGAUGAGUGUUUUGAGAUUCCGGUUACGGGGAAUGGGAAGAAGGUCGAAAUUGCGAUUAAGCAGAUUCUGUGCGGGAUGAAUAUCAAAGUUGGAGCGAGUGUUAUGAAUAAGGAGUGUUUGGAGUGGUACCGGGAAUGGGCGGAGACACAUUGAGUGCACCCAUGUUUUGGUCGGUUUUGGAAGGAGAGCAUCACGGACGGUCCUGUAGCAAUUUUCUGAGAAAGGAACGUACUAAUUCUAGCUGUGUUCCUGGCGAUGAUAUGAAUAGUGGAGCUAGCUCACCAGCUCUCACUCUUCUCCGCAAUACUAUUACCAUCCCGGGGGUAGUCCGUGUGGGAAGUUAGCC